GCCAACAUGUCCCAGCUACACCAGUCCCACCUGCCUGCGCCUGGUCCAUAUCCCUCCCAACCUGUCCUUGAAGGGCCGAAUGGCCUAAUUCUACCCCUAUCACUUAUGACUGCUGCACAUGCCGAAUAACCAGACACCUGAUUGUUCGGAAUAGUUGACUCUCCCCCUCUGGCUGCAGCGAUCGCCUUCGCCACUGAGGGGCAGCUCCACGACUAAAAAGCAAACAGGAAAAAGAUCAACCCGCUUAAACUGACAACUGUUUGAAUUCAAACCCUUCGCAUCGGCUGACAUUUUAUCUGCAAGAAAGUUUGUCAUUAAAGCAGAUUCCCCUGCCCUUGCCUGCAUAGAUUUUUUUUUGUUACUGCAAAAAAUCAAAUGCAAAGUGUUUAAUAAUUUCAAAAUCCUCCAGUUGUUUUUAAAACAAAAAUAUUCUUCUUAAAAUUACUUCUCUCUGCACCACCUCCCCUCCUAAAUGCCAAAAGCCAUGGACACGCGAAGGAGGUCGAGACGUCUGCAUCAGGGACAGAUCCAGAGUCCAGAGCCUGGAGAUUCUGGGAAGGAGGUGGAAGAGGUGGUGGAGCCAGAAGCAGAGGAUAGAUGGGCGACCCACCCCCAGGAUUUGCUGGUUCUCACUCCCAGGAACCCGAUCCGGGCCAGCUCCAGGAUUCCCAAGAGCAGCGGCAGCGGCCGCUCCGCCUUGGUAAAAGAGGAGAAGGCUGAGCCCCCGGUCAGCAUGAAGCCGAUGGCGGUCGUGCUGGAGAAGAUGAAGAUGCCCCCGCCAGCGGUGGAAGAGCAGGAGACGGAGGACAAGAUGGAGGUGGAGGUGGACCAGCCACCUCGCUUCGUCGCCCCCCCUCCGGAGGCCCAGCCGGACUUGAGGUCAAUGAGGUCCAGCCUUCAGAAGCUGCGGGAGAAAGUUCCGGACGAGCCGGUGAGAAGGUUUUCACGGAGCGUAGAGCCAAGGAUUCCAUCGAGACGUCCCAAGCCACAGGAAGAUCGAGGGUGGCGUCUCGCCCUGCUCCGUGGCUCUCCUGGUCCUGGGGGCCCUGGUCCCUCGCCCUGUGCCCUGGCCCUCGGGGGCUGGUUUCUGAUCCGACACAGGGAGCCCGCCUCACAGGACAGCUGCAGUUUGACCCUGCUGGAGAGUAUUCCUGAGGGGCUGCACUAUCCCGCCACGGACCCCCGCCACGAGACCACCUACAAGGCCUGGUCUGAGAUGCUGGUGCAGGCCACCCAGUCCGUGCAGAUAGCCGCGUUUUACUUCACGUUGCGGGCGGCAGGAGCUGGCCAGGGGGCAGCCGGCACUGCGGAGGUGAGGACCAAAAACCUGCUCCUUCCCCCCCACUCGCCCGCACCCCUGAGACCACCCCCCUCCCCCUCCCGUACCCGCACCUGUGGGAGGGGCACGGGUGCUGCUGAGUUACUGGCGGGGUUGAACGCACGUGGAGUUGGCCUCAGGAUUGCCGUGAACGGCCCACAGACCUCCCAGACCGACACCGACUAUCUGGCCCUGAAAGGAGCUGAUGUCCGUGAGGUGCCCAUGAAGGAGUUGACCGGUGGGAUUCUCCACACCAAGCUGUGGGUGGUCGAUGGGAGACACGUUUACCUUGGCAGCGCCAACAUGGACUGGCGCUCGCUGACGCAGGUGAAAGAGCUGGGCGUGACCCUGUCCAACUGCAGCUGUCUGGCCCAAGACGUGGAGCGGAUCUUUGGGGCCUACUGGCACCUGGGCUCGGAUGGGGCCUCCAUCCCGGCCUACUGGCCCAACGCCUACACAGCCCUGUCCAGCAGGCAGCACCCACUCAAGCUGAAGCUCAACGGCCUUGAUGCCAGUGUCUACGUUACGAGCGCCCCUCCCCCGCUCUGCGCGGCGGGCCGGACCAGUGACCUGGACGCCAUCUUGCACGUGAUCGAGGACGCCAGGGACUUUGUCUACAUCUCCGUCAUGGACUUCCUCCCUCUCUGCAGCUUCUGCCACCCCAAGCGGUUCUGGCCGGCGAUCGAGAACGGACUGCGUGCGGCCGCCUGUGAGCGCGGGGUGAGGGUCCGCCUGCUGGUCAGCUGCUGGCCUCACACCUACCCCCCCAUGCUGGUCUUCCUGGAGUCCCUCAACAUCCUCGCCAAGGAGCCGUUGGGCUGUAGUGUCGAAGUGAGAAUCUUUCAGGUUCCAUCCACAGAGGAGCAGCUGAGAAUCCCCCACAGCAGAGUGAAUCACAACAAGUACAUGGUGACGGACCGCGUGGCCUACAUUGGCACCUCCAACUGGUCUGAAGACUACUUUAUCCGGACUGCCGGAGCGGGGCUGGUGAUAAACCAGACCGGGAUCGGAGCCGGCAGCAGCGGCAGCACCGGCACAGUGCAGAGCCAACUCACGGCCGUCUUCCUGCGAGACUGGAACUCCAACCACACUCUGGAGCUGGGCAGCAGAGGGGUGGAGAAGUGCCUGCACCCCCAGGAGUAGGAGGAGCAGUGAGCGGUCCCGCGGGGCGGAAGC